AUGCUCUGCUUCCUCCCGAUUUUCUCCGUUCUAGUAUUUUCCCUUGGGAUUCAUGGUUUCCCAGGGAUUUCGAUUUGGGACAAGAGCUACCAAUGCGGCUGCGAAACUGGAUUUUCUCUCGGAAAGAAAUACGCGUAUUGCAGGACGGGUUACCCUGCUGUAACCCAUUGCAAGUGCGAAAAGUCAAGUUGCUCGUCCCCGAUCAUUAAUACUCGAUAUGUCAAGAUGACAGGCUGCUACUUGAAUGGACCCAAGGGCUCUCUAGUAGGCGGCGCAAGUGAUCAAGACUGUUCAACAUAUGAUUAUGACCAGACCAAAAAGGGUUAUGUUUGCCACAACGACGGUGGAAGUUCUUAUACGUGCCCUGGUUCACCUAUAACUCUUGAUCCCAAAGCCAUGGUAUGUAACCAUUGUAAGAUUUAA